UGUUGAAAACUAGUCAAUGUAGUGGAAUGCUUGUCCAUUUCCCUGUCCUUAUAUUUUAUUCCCACAUCAAGCUUGCUUAUGCUUCUUCCCCUCCCUUGUAUUAUUAUUCUCAUCACGUUCUUCUCUUCUUCCUUCCUGGUUCCUACUCCCACCACACACACCUCAUUCCAAUCCAACCAUGGUAGUGUAGAGACGAUAGACAUAUAGAGGAGCGAGCUAGAGCAGGAGAAGGACCUGAUCUGAGAGGUAGAAGCCAUGGGAGAGGUGAAACAGAAGGUGGCAACGGAGGAGGAUAUGCUUGAAGAAGAUGAUGAGAAAAGAUCUUUGGACAACUCUGUACCACCUUUGAUUCUGGACCUCAACGAGGGUUUCGGUGAGGGAAGCGAGGAAGGGGAAGCCGGCGAUGAUGGUGACGGCAACGAGGAAGAUGGUGACGACGGCGGUAGCACAAGUGAAGUUGAAGGAGGCAGGAGUUCAAGCAACAACAGCAGCAGCACCAACCACACUUCCAUGAGCAACAAGUAUUGCGACAUGGAUAGCAACAGUAAGGGUGAGGGCAGCGGCGAGAGGGCGCUGACCGUGAGGCAGUACAACAGAUCCAAGCUUCCCCGUCUCCGGUGGACUCCAGACCUGCAUAUGGCAUUUGUCCACGCCGUGGAGAGGCUGGGCGGCCAAGAGAGAGCAACGCCAAAGCUGGUGCUUCAGAUGAUGAACGUGAGGGGGCUCAGCAUUGCUCAUGUAAAAAGUCACUUGCAGAUGUACAGAAGCAAGAAGCUGGACCACGAGUCUGGUGGACACGAGAGAGCAGCCAUCUCCUCCGUUUUCUCGCCCAUGGACUUCCACAUGAUGAGGAGAGGGGACCAUCGCUUCCAUGACAUGUUGCUCCAUCGAGCUGCAGGCUCGGUGAUCUCCUCCGGCCGGCUGCUCCACAACGCCGUCUCGCCGGAGGCCAGCAGGCUCUACGCGCUCCUCCAACGCCGGCAGCAGCCUUCCAUGCAAACGUUCGACUUCAAGAACUACAGUAGCAACCUCAGGGAUCAAGAGUGGAGUUUCAGCCAGCAUGCAGCGGCAGCGGCGGCGGUGGCAGCCAGGGCUGGGGCCAUCAAUAACCACGGCCCAACGAAAGGGCUCAUCCACGAUAUGAUCUUGAGAAAGAAUGGCAGGCCGACAUCCCAUUUGUUCGACGUGCGGGAUGCCAUCGCUUCCAACCGGACGUCGUCGGACGCCGCGGGUGCUGCUGCCAACCACGGCGGCGGAAGGGUCGUCAGGAGCACGGAUUGGGACGGCACCAGCUCUGGGCCGCCCUUGUCUAGGACAAUGUCGGCAGCUGCCUCCACGGGUGUUGCGUUGGGCGGUAGUCACCAUCAGUCUAGGGGAAGAGUCGCUAACUUGACAUCGUCGUCUGAUCCCGUGGUGACAAGUGAAGCCCUAGGCUCCCGGCUCCAGACGCUCCUAGAGCCUAGAACGACGAAGAGGAUGAAGACGCCAAUGGAAGGGAAUGGCGGCACGCCGGACUUGCAGCUAAGCUUGAGCCCCAACGACGACAUGGGAGGAGAUGCCGACAAGCAGGUCAAGAAGAGGAAGUUCCUAGGCAUCGAGUUAAGUGAACAGGAGGUGGACGACAGUGGUAAGACGACGCUGCCUCUCUCGCUCUCGCUGUCACUCCGUGGUGGCGAGUGGAGCAGCGAAGAUGCCGGGAGCUUAGAGGUAGCGGCACGUAGCAGCGGCAAGAAGAAGGCCGCUCUGGGGCGGAGUACUUUGGAUCUGACCAUGUCGAUCAAGGCAUUGGAGUGAGGAGGGUGUUUUCAUGGCCGUUCUGGGGGUGAGUACUUUGGAUCUGACCAUGUCGAUCGAUCAAAGGCAUCGGAGUGAGAUCUUUCAAGUACUUGUCCCAAGGCCAUCCAAAACUUGCACACUGCACCAUGAGAUUAUUAAGUAAUAAGACUGUUAAUUUAAGUUAACCAUGCAUGCAUGUUCCAGACCAGACCACAUAUAAAUACAUAUCUAUAUGUUCAAUGAGACGCGCAGUUAGCUAGCUA